AUGAAGUUCUCUACAUUAGCAUGCAUCGCAUUUGUGGUCGUAGUAGUAUCGUCUCUGGCUCCGACCAAAGCAGUCGUGGUUCAAGCUGGUUCGGAGAAUGUGGCAUGUGUCGUGACGGAACUUAUACCAUGUUUGGGAGCGAUACAAUCCGGAGGUACUCAUCCGUCGAAGGAAUGUUGUGAAAAACUAAAAGAACAAGUGUCGUGUUUGUGUGAAUACAUCAAAAACCCAUUUUAUGGUCAGUAUGUAGAAUCCGAAAAUGCUCACAAGGUCUUAGCGGCUUGUGGUUUAUCUUUUCCUACUUGUUGA